CAGGUUGUAUUUGUUGUGUUAAUCACAAAAUAAAAUCCUCAGUUCUCUUCAAUUUUACUUUGGGAUGCUGGAAAAUUUCGUCUGUUUUGCCAAAUAAUUGCAUCCCCUGAACUGAAUUGAAGCUUCAAUCUUUCAAUUAUAUCAAUCACAAAGUAGAAAAAAGAUACUUUAUCUAUAGACUAUAGUAACUGCAAUUUUUACUGCUGGCUAUGAAAGAGAAAGUCCGUCCAGCGAAACCUCACUUUUUCAAGCCAAUUCAGCCAGGUUUCAAGCACGCUCUGUUCUUUCAAAUUUGAACACCCUUGGCUAAAUUCAUAGCUUCACCACUGACUGUGACUGCUUGCCAUGAGAGUCCCUCCAAAGAAACCUCAUUUUUUCAAACCUAUUCAGCCAGGUUUCAAGAAUGGUCUUAAAAUUCCUACUGGUUUCUUGAAGUAUCUGAAAGGAUAUGACCAUAUUGAACAUGCAAUACUUAGAAGGGGUAGUAAGCAGUGGCGGGUGAAGGUGAACGGUUGCCGAUUCGAAGUGGGUUGGGCUGAUUUUGCACAACAGCAUGAUUUGCAGUUAGGAGAUCUGUUGAUUUUCAGACAUGAAGGAAACAUGGUGUUUGAGGUUAUCAUAUUUGAUUCAAGUCAUUGUGACAGAGAAUAUGCAGAGUAUCUACUACAAGAAGAAGAUAUUGUUGAAGAGGCUUGCAAGAAAUUUAAAUUCAAAGAAGCUGCUACUCACAACCCUUUUGGUCAAUCUCAUUUUGAAUGCACUGUUAGAUCCUAUUACCUUACAAAUGGUUACAUGCGUGUUCCGUCACGAUUUGCAUCGAAAAAUGGUCUCAUCUACAAGAAAUGUGAUUUGAUUAUUAGAGAUGAAAGACAAAGGUCAUGGAAUUUAAAGCUAUAUACCUCUUGCGAUCACGUCUAUAUUGGGGGCAGAUGGGCUAAAUUCCAUGCUGCAAAUGACUUAAAGGUGGGAGAUCGAAUAAAGUUUGAGGUUGUUACUAAUGGAGAAAGACCAAUUUGGAAAUUUCAUGUCAAACGAAACCCCAGCAUCAAGUCAUCGAGCAAGGCAUUUCCCUAUGCUGAAGCUGCUACUCACAAGCCUUUUGGUCCCUCUCAUUUAGAUUCAGGGCACUGUAACAGAGAAUAUGCAGAGUAUCUGCAAGAAAAAGAGGAAGAAAAAGAAGAAGCUGCCGGCGAUGCUGUUGAAGGGACUUCCAAGAAAUUUAAAUUAAAAGAAGAACCAAACCCCAGCGUCAAGUCAUCAAGCAAGGCAUUUCCCCAUGUAGAAGCUGCUAUUCACAAGCCUUUUGGUCAUUUUGUAUGCACCAUUCGACCCUAUUGCCUUACGUAUAGUUACUUGAUCCUUCCUACACAAUUUGCACUCACAAACGGGCUCAUCAACAAGAAAUAUGAUUUGAUUAUAAGAGAUGAAUGGCAAAGGUCGUGGAAUUUAAUGUUACGUCCUUUUGGUACUAGCGUGUGCAUUAGAGGUGGAUGGAGUAAACUUCGUGAUACACAUUGCUUAAAGGAGGGAGAUCAAAUAAUGUUUGAGGUGGUUACUGAUGGAACAAAACCAGUAUGGAAAUUUCAUGGCAAAAUUUCUGGAGAAUGCAAGAAUCAAUCAAGGGGUUGACUGAACAAUGAAGUUUGUUGGUGACAGAAAAGAUAUGGAACACUGAAACAGAAUCUCUGUUUCUCGGUUGACUCAAUAUACGGUUCACAACCUCAACAAUGCAUGUCAUGUUUUGUUCCAGAAAACACGAUGCAAGGAAGUAACUAAUGGCUCAUCGGAGGUUUCUAACUGUGAAUACGGUGUUUCGGUGUAGCAGGAAAAGAGGUUGUAAAGGUGUUUUGGUUGCUAUUUCUUGGCCAGGGCGGAUGCAACAUAGGAAUGUCGGGUUCAACUGAACUAAGUGCUUUCGACGUGGAACAUAUAUUUUUGUGAAAAAGUCCACCAAAAAUGCAAAAAUUAGUAUGUAUGAACCCAUAGCUUUACCAAUACAAUGAGUUCAAUCCUAAGAACAUUGGAGGUUGAACCCAUAGAAUUCAAAUCCUAAAUCCGCCCUUGAACAAGGGUGUGAUAUGUUCAUGUAUUGUGACCAGCUCGAGAAUUUCUCAUGGAUUGCUAACAUCCUUCAGACUUUUCUGCUUCAUAUUCUUGCACCUAAAGGAUUGAUCUAGUGGUUAAUAAAAUGGGUGAGAACUUUGGAGAUCAGGAUUCAAAUUCCAUCUGAGAUAAAAUGCUAGGUGACUUGUUUCUGUCUGUUUAAGUCAUGGUAGGCAGAAUUAUUGGUAAGGUGUAUUUGUGGGAGGCAAGCUGACAUUAUUGAAAAAUAAGAACACUUUCUGAAUGA